CGUUUAAGCUGUUAAUGCCUGCGCACUAGCAUCCACGUUUUUCAUCGGCACGUGUGAACAACAUUCACACGUGUGGAAUAAAAAACCCGGGAAGUCUUCCCCUCCCCUUUUUCCGUCUCCAUUUUCUCUCUCGUUUUCUUCGUCGGGAAAAUUUCAAAGUUUCUCGCUAUCCAAACACCCUCCGGAUAAUGAAGGAAAAUAUGAGCAGUGAGAAAAGCAUCGCAAUCGUCAAACAUGACAAUGGCGAGGUCUCCUCUGAUCUUCCUGCAGCUGCCGCAGCUCUUAGCCCAGAGGAUCGUGCUGAUCUUCUUAAUGCACUCAAGGGCAAGCUCCAGAGCCUGGCCCGAAAAAGAACAGAUUUUCUGAAAACUCUCACGCCUAAGGUUCAGAAACGUGUACAGGUUCUGAAGAACAUGCAGGUUGAGCACGAUGAACUAGAGGCAAAGUUUCUUGAAGAGAAAGCGGACUUAGAGGCCAGAUACGAGAAGCUCUACGAGCCACUUUUCACAAAGAGAUACGAAAUCGUAAGUGGCGAGGUUGAAGUCGAACUAGAACAAGCUGAAGAUGUGGUGAAAGGAUCAGACAAGGACAAACGAGGAAAAGGAGUGCCCGGUUUCUGGUUGAAAGCUAUGAAAUCCAAUGAGAUCAUCGCCAACGAGAUAACGGAGCGAGACGAGGAAGCGCUGAAGUAUCUGAAAGACAUCAGAUGCCGCAGGCUGGACAGAUCAAGAAGCUUCAAGCUGGAGUUCUUGUUUGAUCCUAACAACCCUUACUUCAAGAACUCGGUCCUGACCAAAACGUACCAUUUGGUGGAUGAUGAUGAUGGUGAUGGUGAUGAUGGGCAUGUUCUUGAGAAAGUGACCGGAACGGAGAUAGAAUGGAAUCCGGGAAAAUGCUUGACGAAGAAGAAGGUUGUAAAGAAGAAGCCGAGAAAAGGCAGCAAGCCCGUGACUAAGAACGAAAACUGCGAGAGUUUCUUCAACUUCUUCAAGCCGCCCGAGAUCGAUGAGGACAUCAUAGAUGAUUAUGACGAUGUUGAGUUCGAUAUGGCUGAAGAACUACAGAACCUGAUGGAACAAGACUACGACAUCGCGGUGUCGAUCCGGAAAAAGUUGAUUCCACAUGCUGUUUCAUGGUUCACCGGAGAAGCUCUCCGUGAAGAUGAUGAUGAAUGAUGAAGAUGAUGAAAUGAUGAUGAUGACGAUGAUGAUGGUGAUGAUAAGUAAACAAGAAUGGUGUAGACGGAAUGGAUAGCAAAUCUUUUUUUUUUUGUGUUUGUGAAAUUUAUACAUUUGAGAGCUCUGCAGUUCAAGACCAUUCGAGGGGAUGAUGCUUACUUACAUUUUCCACCACAUACCAUAAAAGAUUUUUUUUUCCGAUGUCUUUCUCGGUUUAGAUUUAAUUGUAAAAUAAAUUAUUAUUCGCUUUGAAAGUUUGAACAUCUUA